GUCCUGCCCCAUACCAGACACCAGAUGACGCUCUUGUCUUACUGUCCUGCCCUUUUUGCGCUAAAAAUCCCUGCCUGGUCCUCAACAACAGCUCAAAGUUUACUGGACACGUUUCUGCUAUUCAUCAAUAUCCCCAUUGAGUAUCAAAGCCAAUUUAUGACUGGCCAACAUGUGCACGUGAUCCCAUACAAAUACCCCAUAUUUGGGCAGCGCACGUCGGAUCAAGAAUUAAAAAAAAGAUACCAAAGCCUACUCCACCUAUAAAUCGUGGAUUAUUUUUUAAGGGAAGACAGCUCUGAAUUUUCCAAAAGCGGCUACAAAGAAACGCAAUGAUCAACAAAAACAGGGAAAUAACCGCAACUUGCAUCCCGCAACUAUCGCUAGUUUAGAAAAGAAAUUGUCGGUGAUAGUUUGAAAAAAAUGAGCUCUUAUGUUGACAGCUGCAAUCUCAGGCAAACAAGCGAGACAACUUCUCCUAACACCAUGUUUAGUUUCGAUCUUUCCGGGCGCCCGUCCAGCCACUAUGAAGGUGUUAAUGUGAACGGGAUAUUCACUUGUCCCGUCCCCACGACCUCUGUUGAACGGGAGGAGAUGAAAACUAGCCUGCGUGGCAUUACGGAUACUCCUCUCCCGUCAGGACCACAGAUAACCAUGGUCUCCAGCAGCUCGUCCAUGGACUCAAGCGGGCUGAACUAUGGCAGCAGCACUCUGCUUGGACGAGGGGUGGACAGAGACCCGGAAAGGAGCGCAAAAUCCGUCGGCAACAAGAACCACGACAGCGAGAGAAACGCGGAGAACACGCAAACGGUGAAACGACACACAAAUGUGAACCAGCGUCAGGACAGUGAGCAGCGGCCACAGAUUUAUCCAUGGAUGACAAAACUGCACAUGAGCCACGAAUCGGAGGGUAAACGCUCCAGGACGAGUUACACCCGCUACCAGACUCUGGAGCUGGAGAAAGAGUUUCACUUCAACCGGUACCUGAGCCGCCGCAGGCGCGUAGAGAUCGCCCACACCCUGUGUCUAAACGAGAGGCAGAUCAAAAUCUGGUUCCAGAACAGACGUAUGAAGUGGAAGAAGGACUCAAAGAUCAAAGUGAAGGAGUAAAAAGUGCAGGAGAGACCCGGGUGCAUGCAGCACGUUUUCAGCCCCACACUGCACAGUGCUGGAGUGCCGCCUGACCUCCGGAUGAACUGCUAGGAGCAAUGACAUCAUGACACCGCUCUGUGUGCUUCAUCACCAAUUAUGUGUCACUUGCUGGAGUUUGGGACCUAAUGUAUUGAAUAUCACUCUCUUUGAUCAAUCGGUUUACAUUUCUAAAUUAAUUUGCAGCCCAUGCGAUGAUAACCUCACUUUGCUGCACGAAGGGGACAAGAGGUUGAGGGGAGCUGGGGUCCUUCACGCUGCAAGGCUGUGUGGUCUGCAGUGCACUGAAAGGCACAAUGCUACUAAUAUAUGUUUUUAAUUAGGAUAAUAGUGGAGGAGGCUGGGCAAAGGCCUGUAUCAUUUCAAAUAUCAUCAUCAUGUGAUAAAACGUUAAGGUCAGUGAAUCAAUAUAGAAAGACACAAAUAUUUCUGGCUGCAAUCUUUCCAAAAUAAUAAACAGAUAGUUUAUCUCCAGUAAAAAUACUUUUUCUUUCUACUUUUGGAACUCACUCUACCAUGUUGCAGCGGUUGAAGGUGAGAUAAUGUCCUGUGAGAUAAUAUCGUUGUGAGUGGGUUUCUGUGAAGGCAUCUUCCCUGUUGUUUGUUAUAUCCUUGUGAAUUUGAAUCAUUGUGUAUUAUUCAGUCACUGUGAUAAUAUUGUGAUGUGCAAUGAAGCCAUUUAUUUUGCCCUCUGUAAACUUACGGUGCCUGGAAUAACUGAUAGAUGGCUCGAUUGUCGAUUGUAACCAAUAAAGUCUCAUCAAAUUAAAUUAAAUUUUCCUAUGGUCAGUAU